AUGGUUAGCAGUGUUUAUAGAAAAUCAAAUUGGAAUGAAAAUUCGAAAAUUCGUUAAUUAGCGUAUGUUUUUUUCUCGUUUUUCACAUCGCUGAAUUCAGUUUUCUGACGUAAAAAACGAAAAAAAAAAACGGGAAAAAAGAUGAAUAACGUCACAAUUGUCAUAAGAAAACACCAAGUAAAAAAAGCGGCGAUAAAAACUCAGCGACGUACAGAACAAUUUAAAAAAAAACGAAAAAAUAUCCGCCGAGUAACCCCUAGCAUUGAAUAUAUAGCAUUUACGAAUCCACGUACGCUCAGUCAUUCCCGCAAACUCAAAAGUGUGCUUGCACUACAAAAGACGGCAGAGGCAGAAUUGACAACAGAUUUUACGCGCAUUACAAUGCUGCAUAUUUCAGUCAUGGCCAAUCACGGGAGGAUUGGGUCGAGAGUGUGCCACUGGACAUCAAGAACUUUUAGUCACAGGGUAGAGAUAAUGUGGAACAAUAAAAUGAGCUAUAUAAUGAAAACAUUUUAGCCACAAAGAUGGCUCGCUGAAGUUCUGGCAAGAGACUGGGGAGCAUCUGCAGAUACUGUACAAAAUGAAGUCAUCCUCACAUUUUGAACGUCUCGAAGAAAUGGAAACAUCUGACAAAGUAUCACAUGCUGUCAAACACAUUGAAAUUUGUCUAGAGGUGCUAUUCUAAUAAUAUUGUCUUCAAAAACUAAAUUUUUAGUCACGACAACUUCUGGUUGCUGGGAUAUCUGGACAAGUUUCUCUGUUUCGUUUUACAAAACAGGAGCUAUGCAGUACAAUCGCAGUAGUCAACAUUCCCUUGCUAGGUGGAUGUCCUUCUUCAAUACCAUCAUGUGAUGUGCCUCAAUCAUCUAAUUCUCAAUCAGGAAAAGAAAUUAGACGACAACGGAAAGUAAGUUCGUGAUGGUUUGAAAUUAUACCAUCUCUGUAAUCUAUAGAACCGUAAAACGUUCCUGUGGUUGAAUGGCGCGUUAUGUGCUUUCAAUCUCUGAAUAUAGUGUUUAGAUUUGUCUCGGCUGGUUUGAUCAGAAAUAACGCUCACCGUCUUAUCCCAUCGUUAUUAACACAAACUAUAAUUAAAUAGUAAAGCAGCAGCAAUCAUUUUCAGAAACGUCAACUUGGAUUUCGCCAGUUAUCGUGUCAAUUUUUACCUACACAGUUUGUACGAGAAAACCUAUAUGGAAACUCAGCGUUUUAUUAUAGGGGCACCGAACAGAAAUGGCGCUCUGUUGAGAAACUCUUUUUGCAGUGCAAAUUGAGCGACCUCGGGGCCGAGAUUGAAAGGUUAUACCAUGUUUUCAGUUGAAAAUUACUUCGCGGCCUAGAAAUUCGGCCAGAUUGCGAACAGCGCGCCCUUUCUGUCCGGUGCCCCUAUAGGCUAUAGCAGAGAUGUUGGGAAUUCCGUGUUCCGUGUUCCGUGUUCCGUAGAAAUAAGUUUUUUCCGUUUUCCGUGUUCCGUGUUCCGUAUAAACUAUAUUUUCCGCGGAAAACUGCUCGCCUCGUAGAUCUAAUUUAUCUCCGGAAAGAUUAGGACAAUUGACGUUUUGUGGUCAAAAUUUGAAAAUUUUCGGAUUCGGACCAUAUUCGUGAAAAGUGGAUUCCAUUUUCAGUCGUUUUUUACUGUAGUUGUUUACUGUUGUGUUGUUGGUUUUGUUAUUCUUAGGAAAUUUUCAGUAAAACUUUCACAUGAGUCAAACAGCUGCCUUGUCAGUCAGAUAAUCGAAUUAAACAAAACAUUAUUUUAAAAAAAUCACUGGAAUUCUCUUGAAAACGCUUUUUUCCGUGUUCCGUAAAAAAAAAAUUUUCCGUGUUCCGUAGAAAUAAGUUUUUUUCCGUUUUCCGUGUUCCGUGUUCCGUAGAGUAAAAUUUUUAUUCCCAACAUCUCUGGGCUAUAGCUUUUCAAAAAAUUUGAUUUGUGGGAUUUGAUGGGGGAUGCGAUUCUAGACACCUAGGUGAUCUAAGAAUUUAAGGGGGUGUGACGUAUCUUAAAAAUCUUAAAAUAUUCACUAUCGAAUAGUAUUUAUAUAUAAUAUAUAUGUAUAUACAUUAAUUGGGAACAUGAUUUUCCACAGAAUUGAAGUUGUCUCAUCCAGAUUGUCUCUCGGGAAUCUACAAACUCGCUGGAUACCUCGGAUUCAGGAGACGAACGUAUAGUUCCAUUCAAAGUCAGAGGAGCUCCUGUGAAAAGACCAGCUGGUUUUGUUGUAUGUUUCGAAAUAAAAAAAGGGCCCGUUUCAAAACGACUUUCAGCCGGAGUUAGCGUGCUUUAUACCUUGGCCUUCCCACUCGAAAGUUGAUCAAAUCACCACUAUAUGUCUAAAUUCGUCUUAUGGUAUUAUUGCAAUAGGUUCGUGCCUUGAUCAUGUUCUCUUUCUCACAAAGCUAAUUCAGGCACUUCGUCUGGUCUGGCCUUAGUAGACACUACUCAAUGUUCAUUGAUAUAUUCUUGGAGUACUACUGAGCUAUAUGGCUCAGAUCCUACCCCAUCAGUACAACUGAGCAUGCAACUUAGUGAUGUAGCCAGUCCCAUCGAGGUAAGUCAUUCAAUAACAUGCAUAGCCCUUUUCGUGUAAUUACUAAUUCCGCCAUGAAGCUGGUUGAAGUGGCAUGCCGCAUUUUGAUGAUUCAUGCUUAGUUCACAUCCAUUGGGAGUGUCGUGUUGUGAGUGAAGUGAUCCGUGUUUUGUGAGUUUUCAGAUCUGUGAAUCGGCAAACGCUAACUCUCCAAUUGACGUGUCAUUAUCGAAUCCGUAUCCCUGUGAGAGCCCACAGUUUCAGUCCAAAUUUAGCUCAACCCUAUCUAGCGGGUUCUUGCAUCCUGGCGAAACUCCAGUGCGGCCAAAAUCUGCAAACUCCUCUAUAAAAGACAGUGGCGUAAUUGGUCUUUUCCGACGUAAUACUGCCGAGCUCGCAGCCACGAUCCGGGAACGAUACCAGGGUCAUCGUUCUGAAACUGCUACUGAUCGUCCGGAAAUCGAUCUGCGAGGAGAGACACCUUCACCUACUUUGCAUGAAAGUGGUCAUGUGAUUAAAUCAAACCGCAGUCACUCAGUGAAGGGGAGCUUCAUCCGACGAUUCGCAAAAAACGCAAAAGAAAAACGAGAAGUGCUGAAUGAUGAGCCACAAAAGUCCAACAAUAUUGCACGGUCCCGAAGUUUCCAUUCCCACAUUUCGGAGGAAGGUGAGCUUCCGUAUCGUUGCUUUUUCGUUCCCUUGAGUUUUUUCUCGUGUCGGGCAGGUCGGUCUGCAUUUACAUUUAUUCAACCUUUCUGCCAUGUCAAUGUUGUGAUAUUCUUUGCUUUUUUUUAUUUAUUUCAACAUCUUCUAUGCUUUUCUCAAAUCUUCAUAAAUUAAUUUGUACCAGCUUGAUUAUUGUUCCAGUUUCUAAGUAUGAGGCCAUUUAGCAGGUUUAGUUUGCUAUGUGUAAAUUUUCUGUUCAUUCCCAAAGUUGAUCUUUUCCUAUUUUCCUCUUCCCUCUUCUAAUCUGUCAUUAUCCAAUUGUAGUCGCCGAUCAGUCUGGAAGCACCGAAGCGAAUCACGGAUCAAAAGCAGCGAUCGUUUGAUUCUCGACGUCCACAAUUGUUUAAAACUCAGUCUGUUGUUGAGAACGGAACGCUAUCCAGAGGUUAUCUCAUCUCUCAUUAGAACAUCCUUGUUUCUUCUGAUGUUAACACAUUUUGCAUUCCCGACACUGUCAGACGCGUAGAAUGUGGCUUCCAAAAUUUACUUAUGAAUUGGGAUACGUUCCUAAUUUACAGUCAUUUCGACUGACUGUGCGCAGUUAGCGAGGCGUUCAUUUUUUAGGUGAUUCGCAAAGGGAAUCACCGUCAACUAGUCGUCUGCUGAAUUCUUCGUCGCCCUCCACUUCAUCACAAUCCCUGGAGAAAUCCACUUCAACACAAUCGCAAGAAUCCAUAGCUUCUCUAUCCUUCAUUCAUUCUCAUUCCAAGAAAAACGGUUUCAUUUUCUCAAAAGCCGAUAAUAAUUAUUUCUAAAUUAAGAUUCGAAAAUGACCCAAUGUUUGUGGGUAGGAACUUCGGCAGGAACUUUGCUUGCAUUGAACUUGAUACUUCCCGAGGAUCGAUUCACGUCAACUAUUGUUGUGGCUCCGUCAGGUAACGUUCUGAGCACAUUUAAAAAUUGCACAUUUAUUUCCUUUCCUGUGUUACUAUCAUAUUUUGGUGUCACAUGCUUCGAGCCCCCCACCUCUUUCAAAAAUCAAAAAUUUCAAAAGUCAAUGUCUUCGUAACUCGUGAAACCCAUCUUCGAUCGUAUUCGAGAGAUGCCGAAAGUGUUUUCGAUCCGAUUGAAGAUUUGUGUAUGAAUAUCCUAGGAUAGCUAUCGACCACUUAUCAUCACUUCACGGCUCCUGCCCCCUGAGAAAAGCCCGCGAAGUUCAAAUGGGGCCCCGCCCCUUCAGCGUUCAAUACUUGCAAGUAGCGCGCGCAGUUUUCGCAACGCUGCCGCACACAUUGCUCUGAACACCGAAUUCGUGAAAAUUAAAGCAGAAAGUUAUUUAUUGUUAUCAAGACCUAUUCUGUCGCCUUGUUGCAUCUUCUUUUCAGAAAAAAAAACACUAAAAACCGACAACGAAUGUUUUUUCACUUGUUUUUUCACUGUCGAACUGAAGAGCAAAAUGCGUGCGGCACCGUUGCGAAAACUGCACGCGCUACUUGCAAGAAUUGAACGCUGAAGGGGCGGGGCCCCAUUUGAACUUCGCGGGCUUUUCUCAGGGGGCAGGAGCCGUGAAGUGAUGAUAUCACAAAAACACUCGUUAUGUCCACGGAGUCGUGGCAGGGUACACUGGCGCAAGUGCGCUCUAAUGAAAUUUUAAAAAAUUAGGCCAACGGUGGCCACCGUUGGCGGAAGUUCAACUUUCAAUUUCCGAUGUACCCGUCACGACCCCGUGUGCUCCGAGUGGGCUGUUAAACUUUGGCAAAAUUUUCACUAUACUGUACAUUUGGGAGUACGGUACGUCUGAGCAUGCACGAAAAUUGUGUUCUGCGACCCAAAAAACCAAAUAUCUGGGCGAAACCGGUCUAUUUCCAAAAUUUGACUCCGCGAGCCCAACCCUUACUAGUGUUUUUGUGAAAAUUGGUCCAUAGGAUAUUCACACAAAAUUCUUCUGUCGAACCAAAAUCACGUUCGGCUUCUCUAAACGCGAAGUGAACACGAGUUGACCGCUUACAGAGACAGUGACUUACUCUGCCAAUUCGAUAUUAAUCUAAUUAGAAAGUUACUGAUCUAAACGCGACCUAAUUAGAUUAGACUGUUUCUUCUUGGCGCAAUCGAGAUUUGAGCCAGCAGACGGUUGGCGUGAAACUUGAUUUGAGCACUUAUUAAUCUAAUUAGAAGAUUUAUUAAUCUAGCUAGACAAUUUAUUAAUCUAAUUAGGUGUCAUAUCAAUCUUAUUAGGCCGCCGUAUAACUUGAGUAGACUACGAUUAGAUUAAUAACGAAAUGCCAGAGUAAUUAUCCUUGGUACAAAAAAAACAAAAAAUUGUUUUUACAGCUAUUGAAGAAUGUAAGUCUCUCAAAAUCGUUCUAUUCUGGCUAUUCUUCUCUGGUUUCUGCAUGGUUGCUGUUCACAGUAUAGUACGGUCAAACAUUCUGCAGUACGGUCAAACAUUCUGAAUCUAACGGCAUUUAAUUCUGCGGGUACCACAAUUAGGCGGUACAAGGGGAACAAACGCUUUUAAAGUGCAAAUGCAUGAUGGGUACCAUCAUUCCAGGGUACGACAUUUUGACACAUUUUUUAAACUUAGUUUUGUGGUACAAAGCCAGUGAACAGUGAAUGCAAAGCCGCAUGAAAUACGCAUUUAAUUCCGAGGGUACGACAACUUUAGGGCACAACAGGGUACAACUCUGGCAAUUCGAUAUUAAUCUAAUUAGAAAGUUACUGAUCUAAACGCGACCUAAUUAGAUUCGACUGUUUUUUCUUGGCGCAAUCGAGAUUUGAGCCAGCAGACAGUUGGCGUGAAACUUGAUUUGAGCACUUAUUAAUCUAGCUGGAAGAUUUAUUAAUCUAACUAGACAAUUUAUUAAUCUAAUUAGGUGUCAUAUCAAUCGGCACGGUCUCCAGAGCUGACAAUAUGGGCGUGGCCUCGGCUAAAUGGCGCUUUCAUGAAUUUCAGCAGGUUUUCUCUGAUUUUUGUGGUCAAAGGCGAUGAAAAAUUAUUGUUCGCCAUGAAAACACACUAAUUCUCAGAAUUAAUGAGGUUUUGGCGCAUUUUUCGCGGACUUUGCUUUUUCGCCUUCGCCGCCGAUAGCCGCCUAAAAACCGCACUUCUCAUUUUGCGCUUUCUUGACCGUUUUCAGACAGAAUUGGCUUUGAAAAUGAUAAAUUACGUAAUACAAGCAUUUUGAGCGCUCGAACCGCGAAAACUACCGAAAAGCAACUGAAAUUCACGCAGUUUUAGCCAAAAACCUUCAAACGGAUAAAUGUGAUUUGCGACUUGACCAAAUUUGACGCUCUUGCGCUUAAAAAAUUCGUAAUAGCCUAUACAAUCGGUCUAUCGAGAGACAAAUGAGAAAUUAUCGGUUUUUCGUGGCUAAUCUGGCAAAAAACACUAAUUUUGCUGUUAAAAUUUGAAUUUCCCCCCAAAGUAUCGCUCUAUUGGGCGGGGCGCACUUGCGCCCAUUGUCAGCUCUGGACCGUGAUUAAGCCGCCGUUAGAUUAAUAACGAAAUGCCAGAGAACUUCAUCGAUUUUUGCGUAAUAAGAAUGAUUGUUACUAAUUUUAGGGCACAACUUCUUAUAGUCACGGGCCGGCAAAGCAUACAGAGGGGUGGAAAUUGUGAAGCUGUAACUUCUCUCCGAAACCUUACAUUUACCUCUGACCUGGUUCAUUUUGAAGAACCCAGUAAAAUUGUUGAACUCUUAUAAAAAAAUCAGAGGUCCCUAUGUUCGAUUUCUGGAGAUAUAUUGAAAAAACCGAAAGUCCUAUGUAUGAAAAUCCGGGCCGUGAUAGUAUUAUAUUGUAUAAUUUUAGAGUACAGCAACAUGAUUUUGGGGUACAAAAUUUUUUUUUCAUAAGCAACGUGGGACUCUCAUGAGAGUGCGUGCACGCAGCUGCUCAGUAAUGUUUCCCCACCGGUGCGCCACCAUUUGCUUUUUAUCAAUAAUGCAGUCGAAGCCCUGAAAGAUUUAUUAAUAGAAAAUAGGCAAAACUCGGUUCAAGAGUGUCACCAAAAUGAAAAUACAUUGGACAGAGGGUAGAGGAGACCCCCGAACUUCUCGGCGAGGAGAAAUGGAAAGACCACGAGGGCGCAGACGAGAGAAUCGGUAGUAUUUCGAUCAUUUUUAUCCGACAGCCACGACUUUUGUGAGUCACCUCUGCGUGACCCCUUCGAGACACAAGCUAGAUGCCCCCUUUGAGCAAGUGAGUCCUCUGAGCACGUUGACCCUUAUUUCGUUUACUCCUGGGAGACUCCCAGUGGUGAGAGUAUGUGAGGGUAGUAAAAGAUCCAAGGUAGUAAAGCAUAUCAGGGUAGUAAAAAAGUAAGGGUAGUAAAAGAGUAGGGGAAAAGACCAGUAUUCAAUGAGUAUUUGCUAAAAUUGUUGUACCCUCGGAAUUAAAUGCCCACCCAUGAAAUACUCUUUUAAAAUUCAACUUAUGUUAAAUUGGGCUCUCAUGAAUUAACUGAUAAAGUAAGAGUAGUUGAGGUGACAAUUGACCUUUGAAUAAAAGUAAUUCAUUGGCUGUGAGAAUUAUUAUUUUUUGAGUACCUCAGUGUAACGAGCGUGGUACCCCCGAAUAGUUCGCCUUUUUUAACCUCAAAAUGUACCCCGGAAUGAUGGUACCCCCGCAGUAUGGUACCCCCUGAAUUAUGAAUUUCCGAAUGAUGCAUUUGUACCCUAAAAGCGUUUGUACCCCCUUGUACCCCUUGUGGUACCCCUAGAAUUAAAUGCCGAAUCUAGCUGUGACGUACAGCGGUUGGCUUUUUGUUAUUAUAGGUAGUCUGCACUAUUAGUCUUUGCAAAUACUGGGCAAGAUCAUUUCAUUAUUUUAACACUCUGGUAAAUCGUUUUCAUAUAGGAAGAAAUUCGAAAAAAGACGAACUUUUGUAUUAUGCAUUCGCCGGAGUGCGCCGGAUGUGCGCCUUGACCCCGAGGGUACACCAAACCAGAACUGUUCCGAAUCUGAACUAUUUUCAGUGCUAACUGGUUCUGAUUCGAACAGUUCUGGUUCGGCGUAGUCCCUUUGACGCCUUUCUCGACAGUGGGUCUCGCACGGAGCGAAAAUUUUCAAGGUAGAACUCGCAUACUGCGGUUCUGCGGCUUUAAACUUGAGGAGGGGAAUGCGUAGAUCACAAUUUUCGAGGUCACGCCGAGCCAGAACUGUUCCGUAUCAGAACUGUCCCGAAUCAGAACUGUCCCGGAUCAGAAAUUACCUGCAGGUGGGUCUUGUUACAAAAAGUCACGUUGUGACGGGUUCUGAUUCGGGACAGUUCUGGCUCGGCGUAGCUUUUAAUUUUCUCCAUUUUUCUGACGAAAAACCGAUAUCAGACGGCUUUCUGAUACGAAUACUAAAAAAUGCUCAACUUCGAUCACCCUCUAUGAAAAAACUAAACAUUUUAGAGACAAAGUUCUAAUUUUGUAUUUUUCUGGUUCUUUUUAAAAUUAUUAGUUUUCAAACUAGUUAUUUACGCGUGUAGUAUUUGUUAUUUAGCCUAGCUUGUUUAGUUCGCGAAAGUAAUAUUUGUUUGAUAAAUAUUUUCAGGUACGGUGGUCAAGAUGAAAGGCCGUAUUCUAUAUCAAGCGUUCAUGGAUAGUUUUUUCUGUAUCGUGUCUCCAGCAGCCGAAUCGUACAAAGAAGCAGCUAAGGACUCUUCAUGUUCCAGUCCAGAUCGUGCUCUCUCGAACAGGAUCAACACGAAAGCCAGUUUGGCUCCACAAUAUUUUAACUCAAUAGAUGCUAACGAAGACAUAUCUCAAAUAUUAAUUGUUGUCGCUGAAAGUGAAGUUAAAGUGGUUGCUUUACCGACUUUCGGGCAGCUCUUUGUUCAAAAGUUCGAAGAAGUGCCAUUGGUGAAAGCAUCCACGACCCAUAUUCGUGGUUACCCAUGCCUUAUGUGUCUUACUGCUGCUGGCCAUUUGACCGUUCUUUCAUUGCCAUCUUUGCGAAUUCUUCAAACGUGUGCAAUGUUCCCGCAUUCCGUGGAAUAUGAUGACCCGUGAGUUUUUAAAAAAUCAUUUUUAGUUCCGAAUAUGAUCGCUCUCCAGUACAUUCUGACUCCAUUUUCGAGUUGUUUGAAGUUCGUUCCAGUUGAAAAUUCUGAGUUCCUUUUCAUUAUGCCGCGUCCAAUGUCUCGGAAAAACCGUAAAAACCGCAGGUUUUUCUGUCCAAAGUCGGCCGAAAUUUGCGUGAAAAACGGGGGUGCGCACAGCUCAAUGAAUGUAACCGUACCCCUAACUACGGUUUUUUUUGAAAAUUUGCGCAAGAAAUUUGAAUAUUUUCAAAUAUCCUCAAGAAUUUUAAAAAUUUUAAAAAAUACCGUAGUUUUAGGGGUACGGUUACAUUCAUUGAGCUGUGCGCACCCCCGAUUUUCACGCAAAUUUCGACCGACUUUGGACAGAAAAAUCUGCGGUUUUUACGGUUUUUCCGAGACAUUGGACGCGGCAUUAAAAAUACAGAUAGUUUUUAUUGUCGAGUACUCUUUCAUUUCGUUAUUAAUCUAACAGCGGCCUAAUAAGAUUAAUAUGACACCUAAUUAGAUAAAUAAAUUGUCUAGCUAGAUUAAAAAAUCUUCUAGCUAUUACAGGGGCACCGAACAGAAAUGGCGCUCUGUUGAGAAACUCUUUUUGCAGUGCAAAUUGAGCGACCUCGGGGACGAGUUUGAAAAAUUAGGCCACAUUUUCAGUGGAGAAUUACUUCGCGGCCUAGAAAUUCGGACAGAUUGCGAACAGCGCGCCCUUUCUGUCCGGUGCCCCUAUAAAGCUAUAAUAGAUUAAUAAGUGCUCAAAUCAAGUUUCACGCCAACUGUCUGCUGGCUCAAAUCUCGAUUGCGCCAAGAAAAAACAGUCGAAUCUACUGUUGAAAAAGAAAAGGUUCGACAUUCGAAUCGGAGUUGGCAGCGAGCCAAGGACACGCCCCCCAAACAGCGUGCGACAGUUGCAGUGAAAACUGUUUGGGGGGCGUGUCCUUGGCUUGCUGCCAACUCCGAUUCGAAUGUCGAACCUUUUUUUUCAACAGUAAUUAGGUCGCGUUUAGAUCAGUAACGUUCUAAUUAGAUUAAUAUCGAAUUGCCAGAGUAGUUUAUCAAUUUCUUUGCAGUCUGUGCCAGAAAACAGCAUUUUCCGAUCAUGGAUUGGGUGUUUACAUGGCUAGCCCAACGGAGGUAAGCUGAGAAAACUGAAAUAGAAACAAUGAUAAUAAAAUGAAACUUCCAGCUGGAAAAAUACACGGUCUGCUCUGAAAUAGCAGAUCAAACGAACGAAGCUAUUGGGGAACUUUUCGUUCCUUGUGAAAUGCCAGAAGCUCCAAAAAACAAUUCUUUCCUGAAGGUUAGUACAUGAUAUGCUCGAAAAGUAUGAAUGAUAAAGGUCUGGCAGGGUGUUUCUUCUAUAUUCGGAGGUUCCCGUCAAGAUCCAAAUGAAGUUGAUUUGAUUUGUAAGUUGGUUCUCGCCUUAUUAUGUUUAAGAAUGUAAGGGAAAUACCUACAGUGUCUGAAAACAUCGGCGUCAAAAACAAUUCGGGCGUAAAUUCGAUGCGAAGCGUCGCUAGGAUCAUUCCCGGGCCAUCAGUGGCAAUGGAUCGAGCGCAAGCUGGGGGUGUCUCUGCUGGACAAGCUGCUUCUAUGGCACUUCAGGUAAGCUCUUCUAGAAGCGCAGUCGUCACGUCUUAAUUAUUUCAGAAUUUGAACGAGAGAUCGGAAAAGCUGAAUGCUACAGUUGAUGCCACCGAAGCUUUGAAAAGCAACGCGAUGAGCCUCUCGUCAAGAACUGGAAAACUCGUCGAAAAAUAUGAGAAGAAGAAAUGGUACAACUUUUAG